UACCUGUCCUACAUCGGCCAUUCACUGGGAACGACACAACUGUUUAUAUUGCUUUCAUUGCAACCAGAGUUUGAGCAAUUUUUCCGCCCAUUCAUAGCGCUGGCGCCGAUCGCAUACCUGGGCAACACAUUAAGCCUAUUUAAAGCCCUGGCGCCCAUUGAGCCACUCGUCAGGCCGGUGACCGUAGGGCUGGGUCUGCCCCGACCGGUGGCCCAGUAUCUGUGCGUCGAGUAUAACGCCUUACUUUAUGGUCAGGACCCAUUUAACACUGAUCACAGCAGAUUACCAGCUAUUUUUGGCAAUGCUUUUGACGACACCUCGUCCCGGAUUUACUUGCAUUUCGCACAACUCAUACUCAAUGACAAAUUUUCGCAAUUUAAUUACGGCACCGACGGAAAUGUGGCCAAAUAUGGCCAGUUGUCGGCACCCGAGUACCCGCUCGGCAACAUCACAUCUCAAGACAUUGUUUUAGUUCACGGUUUGAAUGAUUUGUUGGCCGAUGUGUUGGAUGUCCAGCGUUUGGCCAACAAAAUCCACAAAUUGCGUGCCUUUAAGACCAUACGAUGGCCACAAUGGGAUCAUUUGGACUUUAAAUAUAAAUGUCGUCAAAAAAACACGGAUUGCGGUGUCGACGACGCGAUGGCCAUAAUGUUGGCCACGUAUUGCCACAAACAGAAUCUCAUUGACAUAAUGGCCAUCACUUGUCAAUUCGGUAAUACAUAUGUCGAUAAUGUGGUCAAAAAUGUCGGCUAUACGCUCAAUGCCUCUGAUAUAAAAGGAAUCAAAAUAUACAGGGGUUGUGACGGACCUCUCAAUGGGAAAUAUGUUUUAGAGGAAUACUACGGAACCGAUGGUUUGGGCGACUCUACUAAAGACAUGCCUCCCAUUGAUGUUGCCAUAGAGCGGGAGCCGGCGGCCAAUGCAUUGGUACGACUGGCCAGAGAGCACCCGAAGCAAAUCACCUUGAUCGCUUUGGGACCACUCACUAAUAUAGCAUCGGCUUAUAUUUUGAACAACAAAUUCUUUGACAAUUUAAAGAAAAUUGUUUUAAUGAGUGGUAGUCUUAACUUUGAUGGCAAUACAUAUCCGGUGACCAGUUUUAAUAUAAUUUCUGAUGUCGAGGCCUGUAGUAUAGUGCUGUCCAACGCUAACUGUGCCGUCACUGUUGUGCCCAAUGAAUGUUGUAAGAGUAAUAUUCUUACCUGGGAUAUUUACGAUCAAAUAGUGAAAUUGGGUUCAAAGAAAUCAAUGUUUAUGAAACAAAUAACAGAUAUGGAAAUUAAGGAUACUAAAGAAAAGCCGGGAACUAAGGGUAUAGUAAUGUUUGACAUUUUGGCAAUAAUUGCUGCGAUAUAUGAAGACUAUAUUGAAUCCAAAGUCGAAUACAAGACGAGCGUUGAAUUGAAAGGACGGAUAACUCGAGGAAAACUUGUAUUCAAAAAGAGGUCGACACCCGAUGUCCUGAAGAAUGACUGGAAAUCAGUUCAAUAUAUCAAACACUUUAACGAAAAAAAGUUGUCACAACUUUACAUUGAUUUUAUGAAAUAAACUAAAUAUUAAAUAAAAUUAAUAUUUGAUUAAAAA